CGUAAUUCCCCUAGCAAUUGAGUACAAAACAUUUCAAAAUAGCGAGCAAAAAUCAAAAUUAAGUUGCGGCCUUCAGUCCUGCCAGUGAGCAAGCCGUCGGAGUUCGCGGCGGCCUCUGGGUUCUGUCGUCCUCAUCGUUGUCCACCUCGCGCUUACCGUUGAAGGUUGAUUGGCUGAUUCUCGAAGUUUCUCGUGAGGCGGUUCGCCCUUACGGCCUUACCAUCAGAGCCUGCCUUCUGAGGUUGUGAGGUCUAAGCCCCCAAUUUGCGAGGCUGAAGUUGAAGGCUCACAGAGCGGCGUGAUCAUGGAAUCAGGACGGGUAAAGGGAACCGUGACGUCGUUAGCCUCCUUAUUUCCGGCUCAGGAUGCCCGCAAGGCUGCAUCGCGCGUCCAAGAUGCGAUUUCUGAGAAGCAGAGGGAGCUUGAGCAACUCCGAGGAUUCAUAACCGAUAACGAUAAUCUGAUAAAGCUCGUCCAGAAAUUACCUGAAGAGCUUCACCAUGAAGUUAUGGUUCCAUUUGGGAAAGCAGCGUUUUUCCCUGGGCGUUUGAUUCAUACGAACGAGUUUCUGGUUCUUCUUGGGGAAGGUUACUAUGCUGAGAGAACAUCCAAACAAACAGCGGAGAUUUUGAAAAGAAGAGGUAAGGCUUUGGAUUCUCAAGUUGAUUCUCUGAAGGCCAUGAUGGAUAAUCUUAAAGCCGAGGCCUCAUUUUUUGAUGCUACAGCUUCUGAGGCUGAGGAUGGUCUAGUCGAGAUAAAGGAGGAAUAUGUGGAAGAAAACUUUUGUGAGCAGGAAUCCACAUCAGGAGUGAACAAGCAAGAUGUUCCUAGUGUUUCUGGAGUUGACAAGGCAAAGAUUGCAGAAAUCGAUGCAGAAUAUGCCCGUAUGAUGGCCAGAUUCGACGAACUUGAGAAGGAAGAAGAACUUGCUGCUGCAAAUGGCAACAAAAGUGAUGAUGAGGAUGAGGAAGAGAAAGGAACUCAAAAUCAAUCUUUAGAGAGGUUCUAUGGUGAUAAGCAGAGCCUUUCAAAGGGAAGUACAUCUACGUGGCCGAGGGAUGAAAAUGUAAGCAGUAAAGAGCUACUGAAUAAGUAUCAGAAACAACAAGAGGCCUCAACCAACCCAUCAAAUCGUUCAGUCCUAAACCAUGUUCCUUUUGUUACGCAGUGUUCAGGGCUGUCGGUACAAACGUCACCCAAAGAAGAUGUAACAAGUGGCAACAAUUCUUUGACUGAGUCUCAGCGAGUGAUAAACCCUAAUCCUGCUGCAAAGUCUGUAACGUUUGCUGAAGUAAAAGAAAAGAAUCAAACAUUGCCUCCAUCUACCAAUCAGGCUUUCACAGGAUCCAUAAUUGAGCGACCUCCUAUCAUACCAAAGACUUCUAAACAAGAAACAGAAACUACAUUGCAGCCUUCUGGUUCUCAACCUUCAAAACCAGUAUCCAGAUUCAAGAUGCAAAGAAGAUAGUGAACUGACACUACAAUAUCAUACUUGAAAAUGUAUCUUAAAGUUUUGCCAGCAAUUGAUUUUGUUUGCUAGUUUAGAUAAAAUUCUGUCUAGUUCAUUAUGCCUUGGUCCGGUUCUCCAAUAAUAUUAACUAAAGAGAUAAGUAUUGCCUUUAGAUUGUGAGAGGCAGAAAAACUGACAGUCUAAUUAACAAUACUAAAUUUAUGUUAUGAAACAAUUACUAAGAUUCUCUUUAUAACAAAA